UUUGCUUGACAGUUUGUCAUCUUAUUUUUGGUCAAAAACAGUCAAAAAUUUUAAUUUUUUAAUUUUAUUCUGUGAUUAAGGAAUUAAACAUGUUAUUUAUAAUUAAUUACAAGCAAAUAACUACAGUUCGGUGUGUCUAAAUAUAUGGUUUGUUUUUUAGAAUUGUUGUCAUUUAGAAAUAUAUAUAUUUUAGUCCUUCAAAAACAUAGACCAAGUCUUGAUAAAACUGUAUCUGAUUUUAUUUAUGGCCUUAUACCUAUAAAUGAUAUACCAAAACUCUAAUUUGUCAUAAAGACAAUGAAAUCAUUCAGACUGAUUGUUCAUCAAAAAACGUUUAGUGAGGAUGAUCUACUCAUUAGCGAAAGAGAUUAUGUGGAGGCAAAGAAAAACGAUAUUGUUGAAAUUUAUCACCCGCCUCCGCCAGAAGAAGAGGCUCAGAAAAAAGUCGAAGCUGAAGAAGACCAUCCCCGACUUCUAUUACAAAUCAAGUCAUUUACAGAUGACCUAGGUCAGUCAAAGACCAUUAGCGUUGAACAAAGUAUCGCUUCCGCAUUUGGCCUGCAAACAUACAAAAAUGUCAUUGUUAAAUUGGUUAAUCCCAGUACUGUUGCGUUAGACUCCAUCGAACUCACUUUCAAGGACCAGUACAUGGGCAGAUCAGAAAUGUGGAGAUUAAAAAAUAGUCUGGUAAAUACUUGUGUGUAUAUAAAUAAAAAGUUAGAAUUUUGUGGAGGCGCAGUAAGAUGUCAGGUUUAUGAGAUGUGGUCUCAAGGCGACAGAGUUGCCUGUGGUGUUAUCACCGAGGAUACAAAGAUUGUGUUUAGAUCCUCAACAGCAAUGGUUUACAUAUUCCUUCAGAUGUCCUCUGAGAUGUGGGAUUUUGAUAUUUACGGUGAUUUGUAUUUUGAAAAGGCUGUGAACGGAUUUUUAUCGGAUCUGUUUAUGAAGUGGAAAAGAAACGGUAGUAAUCACGAAGUUACCAUUGUGUUGUUUUCUAGAACUUUCUAUGAAGCUAACAGUUUGGAAGAGUUUCCUCAACAUAUGAGGGAAUGCCUACAAAAGGAUUAUAAAGGGAGAUAUUACGAAGACUUCUAUAGGGUACCGGUACAGAAUGAAAGAUAUGACGACUGGAGUAAUAUUUUAGUUCAGCUUCGCAAAAUAUUCCAAGACUACCUCAACAGAGUGCUGAAGUAUCAUGAUAAACCUGACCAAAUUAUACCGGCUGCUUCAAACAGUACUGCAGCUCAAGGGAACUUCUUGGAAGUUUUAAACAUGUCUCUGAAUGUAUUUGAAAAACACUAUUUGGACCGAAGUUUUGACAGAACAGGACAGCUGAGCGUGGUGGUAACGCCAGGCGUGGGCGUAUUUGAAGUGGACAGAGAACUCACGAAUAUUACCAAACAAAGAAUUAUCGAUGGGGGUGUUGGAAGCGACUUGGUUUGUGUGGGGGAACAACCUUUACAUGCAGUACCUUUGCUAAAGUUUCAUAACAAAGACACCCAUUUGAAUGCACCUGACGAUUACUCCAUGCCGCAUUGGAUCAACUUGUCUUUUUAUUCAACAAAUAAGAAGAUUCCUUAUUCUAAUUUCGUACCAAGGAUUAAACUGCCGCCUCCCCUAUCGAAGGAAGAGAUGAAAAAAUCCAACAAGGAAACCGUAAAGAGGGAACUCAUAACCGAAGAUGACUGCAUUCAAAACACGUUCUUCGACUAUGACGCUUACGAUGCGGAAGUGUUUCAGUUUCCACCCUCUAGUCGACACGUUCAAGAGACCAAUAGCGUUCAUCAGUCGAAAGUGUCGUCGUGGAAGUAUAAAAGAAGUUCGGGCAGUUUGCUGGACACCCAGGAAUUGAACAGGGGGGCUCGCAGGAAGAUGUCCGAUCCCGAUCUGUCCCAGCACAAGUCCGACGUUAAACGACGCUCCGAGCCCAUCGCUAUACCGUCCGCAGUGGCGAAUCCUAUAAUAUCGCCCCAUACAGAAGACAAGGAGUUUUCUCCGCCGAUGCGCAUGGUGGUGGGGUCGGAAGGGUCGCCGCCCUACGAGUCCCGAGCCCUAAUCAACCCGUUCGACCCCUCCCACGUCACCAUCAAGCUCACCUCGAACCGCAGGCGCUGGACGCACAUCUUUCCCAAGGGACCGACGGGAGUUCUGAUCCAGCAGCACCACUACCAAGCGGUUCCGAGCCAGAAGGACCAGAACGGGGGAUGGGACGGUUCCAAGAAGGAAGGCGGGGAUGGUGAAGACGACACAGAGUUACAGCAGCAGAAUUCUAAUUGUUUGGUGGUCACGCCGGCUCUACAAGAGUAUUGCAAAAAGCGACCGAGCCAUACCGGUGGUUCUAGCACCUCCGCCACUGCAAAAAACUCUACCAAGAGCCUGACCCUGCUGUGGGGCGCCACUGGGGAGCAAGAAUGGACUCCAGCUCUGACUACAGUCAAUGACGUACUUAUAGGCGUCGACUGGAAAUCGCUGACCAUCCCGGCAUGUCUGCCCAUCACCACCGACUACUUCCCCGACAAACGGACCCUGCACACCGACUACGUGGAGUCCCUCUACACCCUGGUCCCCGACAGCGUCUACGCGGACUUUGCCCAGCAAAGAGGUCCCUGCAAGAAGCCCCUCACCACCGACGAGGUCUUCCGGGAGCUGAUAUCGCAGCGAUUGGCGCAGGGCUUCCAACUGAUCCUGAUGGAGCGCGUUAAAGUGGAGAAGAUGGGAAGUUUGCAGCAUCACACGCAGCCCAAGUCGAAUUUGAUGAGGAGCAGUCCGAGUGAUAAAGACGAGACUUAUUACUUGUCUAUUGGGAGGCUGUUUCACAAGAUAUCUUUGUCCGGGAACACGAUUUCCGUUACUAGAUACCGGCCUAGGCAUCCGUAUCCAGGUUUUAAAUACGAGUAUAGGUACAGAUUUCACGCUCCCUAUCACUACACUUACGAGGAAUCGUACGCUACAUUUACUACCGAAAAACUGGAGCACUAUAACUGGAACUACCUGGAUCACUAUGUCUGUACGGGAGGAGAUACAACAGAUUUUGUGCUGGUGGAUGCUUUAAAAUAUUGGAGAUUUCGAGUAUAUCUGUUACCGCUGAACAGUCCCGAAACCAAGAAGAUAGUGGACGGAGCUCAAUACUGUGAUAUCUACACUUUACCUUUAGAGACCGACCACCAACAGAUGAUCGAAGGUUUUCUGAAAUUCGUUGAGACGGCAGUGAAUAAAUUGAGAAAAUCGAACAGCGCUUCCAAGAAACCCAGGAUGUCGCUGAGCGUGCAAACGUUGCCCACGUUAGUCCAACCCAGGCGUAACAGUAUAAGCAGUUUCACUCAGAACAUCGGCUCGGGGUCCCCUUUCAGAGAACGACUGGGCAGCAACCGGCUCUCAGACAGGCCCAGGCCAAGGUCCGGCUCGAAGGUUUUGGAGAGGGCCAGACACUCGCAGGGCUCCCAGGACCAGCCAGCUGAGUCUUCAGAAGCGUCAACUGAUGAAAGUGUUUCCGUCGGGUUGCCUUCACUGAAGCAACAGAGCUCAAACUGUGACAUUAUCGAAGCCUUCAAGCACCAAAUUCACGGUCUAUCGUUCCUGAAUAUGCCGCAGAGUUUACCGAAUCACACUUUCGUGACGGCUGAUGCCGUGAGUUGGUUAAUGAAUCGUAUGGAAGGGAUAAAUACCGUUGAAAAUGCAGUGCAGAUUUUGCAGGGUUUGCACAGGGACAAAUUAAUAAGGCACGCAUCGGGGGAUCCCACAAAAUCGGUGAUCUACGGAUUUUAUUUGUUCUACAUUACAGGAGAGAAAGAUGACUCUUUUCAACCUAGCGGUGAGUUGGAGUCCUUCGAAAACGAUUUUCUGGAGGUUGAGGUUAGGCCUGCUUUAAAUUGGGGCCUGACCAGUUCGCCUGGGGCUUUAAAAAUUCCCAUAUCGACCACGGAUAGAGAAGCUGGCGUGCCGCACUUUCUGUGCGACGAUAUCGACCUGGAUUAUCCAGAGGCUGAUACAGACACCUUAAUGUACAAACGAAUGAGAUUAGAGACUGACGUGAACAAUAAGAGCGACAGGGCCGAAUGGGGCCAAGCCAAAUAUCAAACGAUCUUCCGACCGGACCAGGCCUACGAAUUGGUGGUGGAAUGGCUCACAUCCUCCGGAUCAAUUAUAGCCGAUUUACUUUUUGGAUGGCACAGGAAGGCUCAAAGCUGUUACCUGCACAUGAUACCGAUUCCUCACGAUCCCCUGGCCUUGCCUUAUUCACACAAGUCCGAUCCUCUAAGAGGUCCCAUUUUUGUACCUUUGAACGUGUCCUGCCUGGAUCCACACGACAACCCUUUUAAAGACUUCUGUGAAGACAGUUGGACAGAUAGAAUGUUCCUCUUCCAAGAGGCCAUCAUCCAAAGAUUCGGUUUUAUCAAAUGUUUGGUGGAGUCUCCUAAUCGACAGACCACGUCCAGAGAGCACCAGUACAUUCACGCCACGGGAACCAUUUUUAUUUUGAUAUCCAACACCGCGUCCAAAUCCAACAGGAGCAGGACAAAUAGUAUGAAGGAAAGAGCUCAAAGGAAGAGCCGAUAUACGGUUCACGCUGACGUGGUUCCGAGUCCGCACGAAGCCUACAUUACUAGGCACGUUUCGGGGAAGAAUAAGGCUGAUUAUGACAACUCGCGCAAGAUGGGUUUCCUGUGGUGCUGGAACCAUAUGGUAAGCAGAAGAUGGCGUACCAUUCAAGGGGUGGAUAACAAUUUUCAAAUUAAAUGCCUCAAAGAUUUUAAGGCCUUCUGCAACAAUGCGGAGGAUCGACUGAGAACUUUUUGGAGAGAGAGCUGGGAUGCCAGAGAUUUUGCUCUCUCCUCUGUUAAAUAGUCAUUGUUACAGUCAGAGGUUGGAGCCUUUGGUGUUGCAACAGGAAAAUAAAACACUGAUUCACCACAAUACGCCAAGACACUUUUACUUUCGCACUGGACGCGAUUUUUGCUAACCAUGUUAUCAGCAGAUGAUUAAGACUCACUAAAAGAUGUAUUUCAAGGAAUAAGGACUGCCAAUUUAAAUAAAAAAAAAAAAACAGAAAAAUGUUAAAAAUCGUGUUUUUUCGACCGCACUGUAUUAUUUACCUUUGUUAUUACUAUUAAAUUAGUUGAUCAAAAUGUUCUAUUUUAUAAUGAGGCCAGCUGGAAUAAACAGAAAUAAAUACCGAUAAUAAUAAACAGAAAUAAAUACCGUACGAUCGGAAAAGAACGGCGUCAGCGACGGCUAUGAAAUGAAGAUCUCAGUAAUUUUGUAUGUAAAUUUAUAUGGGAAAUGUCAUCGAUCGUCAUUUCCCAGACAACUGGACGCUGUUUUUUUUCGAUCAUACGGUAUAAUACACCUUAAUAAUGCACUAUAUGCCUUUUAAAACUUAACUGGUGCUAUAUUUGCCUUUUAUUAGCUUAAUAGAACAUGUUUGUUGGCUUCUUUAUGAUUGCUUUCAAUUACUUUAUUCAUUAUCGCAGCUG